AUGGAAUCCAGUCAGCUCACUGAAGAAGAGAAGUCAUUAGCUCAUACCUUGUUCGAGCACAAACUGGGAUUCUGGCAAGCCUGCCGUUUCUACUGGCCCGCCCUUCUCUGGUGUUUCUUCGUGAACUUGGCUGUCAUCUUGUGCGGCUUUGAUGGCGCACUCAUUGGCAGUCUGAUCGGUCUGGGCCCCUUCAACAAAACGUACGGCAGACUGGUUGAUGGCAGCUAUGCCGUUGCCCCCUCUUGGCUGUCAGCCUUCAACUAUGCCGCUUUUAUAGGCAUUCUUCCUGGGUCGUUGGUCGGAGGGAUGGCAUACGACAAAUUCGGACCUCGGGUGACUCUGGCUGCUUCCUCUGCUGCUUCCAUCGGUGCCAUCUUCCUACAAUUCUUCAGCGAAGGUCCGGCCAUUCUAUUCGUCGGCGAGUUGUUCAACGGCUUCAUCACCGGCGCCUAUCCGGUCAUCGCCAAUGCCUACAUCAGUGAAGUCGCCCCCGUGGCUGCUCGUGGUGUCGCAGCCGCCCUGAUCAACCUUUCCUAUGUCACUGGCCAACUCGUGGCGUCCGGCAUCCUCAAGGGCACCAGUACCCUGAUCAACAAAUGGUCCUACAAAAUCCCCUUCGCCACGCAAUGGGUUCUUCCCCUCUUUAUAUUGGCCCUGAUUUUCUUCUGCCCGAGCUCCGCCUAUUGGCUGUGCAAAAAUGGCCGGGACGCCGACGCGCUGCAGACGCUGCGUCGCGUUACCGCCUCUGGCGUCAACAUUGAGCACCAGCUCGCCAACAUCAAGCAGACACUUCGGCUGGAAGAGAGCAACAAAGAAAAUGAGGGCAUCAUUGACUGCUUCCGUGGCACCAACCUUCGGCGCACCCUCACCUCGUGUAUGGUAUUCAGUAUACAGGCACUCUGUGGCAACAUCCUAUUUAUCAACUACGCCGUCUACUUCUUCGAAAUCGCCGGUCUAAGCACCGCAGACGCGUUCUCCAUGAACGUUGGCUUAACCUGCGUGGGGCUCGUGGGCACUUUGGCGUCAUACGUACUCAUCUCCUACGCCGGCCGACGCACCAUCUUUCUUUGGGGCAAUAUCACAAUCAGCAUCCUGGUCUUCACCAUCGGCGUCCUCGGCGUCGUCCCCCACACGAACACCUCCGGACCCGCGUGGGGAAUCAGCUCCCUCAUCGUCCUCACCAAUCUCGUCUACGACAUGUCCAUCGGCCCUCUCUGCUACACGUUCUUGUCGGAACUGUCCGCCGUCAGACUCCGGGGCACCACUAUUGCUAUUGCCACAGUAACCCUUACUGUUUUCUCUAUAAUUUUUGCCGUCGCGAUUCCGUAUACCCUUGAUGCCACCAAGGCCAAGUGGGGUGGGAAACUGGGGUUUUUGUUUGCGGGUAUUGGGUUUGUGGAUUCACUAUGCACUUUUCUCUUUCUGCCGGAGACAAAGCAUCGCACGUUUGAGGAGUUGGAUUGGAUGUUUCAGAAUAGAGUUCCGACGAGGAGUUUCAAAGGUUAUAGGAUUGAGGCAAUGCAUGCGGAUAAUGCUGAGAGCAGUAAGGUGGUGGAGGCGGGGGAGGGGGCUAGUGAUAACGCGGCGUAA